AUGAAUGAUCCGCGUGCCUGCAACAGAUGGAUACAGUGCACCGAUGGACAACCCAUUAGUGGCACCUGCGACGAUGGGCUCUUCUAUGACAGGGAAAGCAAAGACUGUGUGCCAUCGACUGAGAUCAAUUGUGUCUCGAGCGAUCCGUGUGCUGAAUUGAAUACGAAUGGCUUUGCACCCGAUCCGUAUUCCUGCAAUGGUUACUACUACUGCAAGCAGGGUAAGGGCACAAAGGGCGAAUGCAAUACCGGAAUGAACUAUAAUGCUGCCACUGAAGCAUGCAUACGUGACUUUCCCUGUAAUGCCAAAAUGAAUCCGGAUAGCGUAUGUAACAUUCUGCCUGAUGGCGUUUACAUCAAGGAUCCCACAAGUUGCAACGGCUAUCAAUUUUGCUGGCUGGAUAAUGCCAUUAAUUACAAUUGCCCCUACAACUUAUAUUUUAGUGCCGCGAAUGGCGACUGCGAUUCUCCACAGAACGUUGAAUGCGCAUUCACCGAGCCACCUCCACUAACUGCCGAGCCGGAUGAGUGUUUAGAGACGGGUAGUUUUAUCCCGGACAAAAGUAGCUGCAACGGCUACUACUAUUGUUAUGAGGGUGACGACGGUCAAAUGCUACUCGACCAUGGCGAUUGCCCCGUUGGUCGAUUCUUCUAUGUCAACGAUAAUGGUAUCGGUGUUUGCAAGCCCCGAUCUCAGGUGCAGUGCGAUUACGAUCGUUGCGUUAAUCUUGGCUAUACUAACAUCGAGCUGGCGAACGAGUCGAAUGAUGGAUGUAAAGGCUACGUCUUAUGUCAAAAUGGGGUCACAAUUGGCAAGGGCACCUGUCCAAACGGCGAGUACUUCAAUGAGCUGACUCAGCUAUGCACUACUCAAGUCAUAUCUUAUACGGCCUGCGUCAUAUCAGCUCAGUCUACGACACGACACGAACAGGUAUCGACGACGGAUGAUGAUACCGCAACCACAACAGCACCGUAG